AAGAAAAAACCUAUAUUCUACUGUUCUGGCAUUUCUCAUUUUCUUAAUUCUUUAUUAUUCUAUUCAUAAAGUUAUUUCCAUCUUUCUUUUUUAUUUAUUUCUUUCAUUUGCCUUUUUGAAUUCCUCUCUGUCUUUCCUUCUCUAGCUCUUAUAGUCUCUCUUUCUUCAACUCUCUUAUAUGUGUGUGUUUGUGUGUAUAUAUAUAAGAUUAUCAUACCAUUAUUGUUUAAGGGAUAAGGAACAGGAAACCAAAGCUAUAGCUAAGAAUAAGCAAAACUAAAAAUGGGCAGAGCUCCUUGUUGUGACAAAGCGAACGUCAAGAAAGGUCCAUGGUCGCCGGAGGAAGACGCUAGGCUCAAGGAGUAUAUCGAACAGAAUGGCACCGGUGGUAACUGGAUUGCCUUACCUUCAAAAAUAGGUCUUAAGAGAUGUGGCAAGAGUUGUCGUCUUAGAUGGCUGAAUUAUCUCCGGCCAAAUAUUAAGCACGGAGGAUUUUCAGAGGAAGAAGAUAACAUUAUUUGCAGCCUCUAUAUUAAUAUAGGAAGCAGGUGGUCUAUCAUUGCUGCUCAGUUGCCAGGAAGAACUGAUAAUGAUAUAAAGAAUUACUGGAACACAAGGCUAAAGAAGAAGCUUUUAGGAAAGCAGCGAAAGGAGCAACAAUCGCGACGAAAUAGUCUAAAGCAAGAGAUAAAGAAGGAAAACCAGAUUUUUAUGGCAUCUGCUAAUGACUUUAUUAAUCAAGAGCAGACUACUAAUUACUGGCCAGAGUUACCAUCAACAUCAACAACCUCUAUUAUACCAGCAGUAAUGAAUCCAACCCAAGAUUCUCAGUUCUUGGAUCAAGAAUCUCUUAAAAGCUUGCUGAUCAAGCUAGGAGGAAGAUUCUCUGAUAAUAAUGAUAAUAAUAGUGGUAAUAAUAAUCAAGAAUUGAUAAUUUCUAAUACUAGUGUUUAUUCUCUUAAUCAUGAUCAACCAUAUUCAAAUACAGUCAAUAUGGGUUCUUCUACUGCAGCUUCUGUAGAUAACGGCAAUUACAGUCUCUUUCAAGGGCUUGAUGCUUUUUCUGCCGUUGAUUUCGAUGAAUGGGUUUAUAGUAAUAACCAGCAGCAGCAGGUAGAAGGUAUGCAGAGUUUGUAUGGAUUGAGUGGUAGUACUAAUGGAAAUGGAGCCAUUAGUUCUGGAGAAAGUAGCAGUUGGGAAAAUAAUAUUAGUGGAAGCUCUAAUUUGGGUUAUCCUGCACUUAUUUCUGAGUUUGAGACUUGCUUGCAACGUCCACCGCAGCAACAAGAUCAUUCUUCAUCUUUUGAAGUUUCGAGUUACCAUUUUGGGGCACAAUAGUUACUACUUACUACUGCUUCUUUAAUUAGUACACAUGAUUUGUGUAAAUUGUUAGUUAGUAGGAAAUUUGGUAUGGUGUUAUUGGAAAUUAAUUACUCAUAAAUUUAAUCAAGAGAGAUAUUUGUUAAUUUUCUA